AUGGUACAUGGUACGCGAAACACGAAAACAGGCAACGUUGAAUAUGGAGUGAAGACAAAGAGCUACAUCUACCCAGGUGCGCCCCACGGCCACUGGGCAUUCUUUCCGUUCCUAAAGAGCGGUGACAAAUUUAGGGUCGAACAGAUUGAAGGCAUGGGCUGGCUCCUAGGCAAGACCCCGGAUCCCACAAAGGUGGUUACCAGUGCAAAGGCUACAAAUGCCUAA